AUGGCCGUUCAACGUGUAAAAGUGGCCAGUGCAAACGAAGCUCCUAAAAAAGGAAGCUUGAAAGAUUUCGUUUUUGCUGGAGAAGGUGAUGAUGCAGUCAAAGUACUGCUAACAAACGUAAAUGGUACCCUCCAUGCAACUUCUGCAAAAUGCACGCAUUACGGUGCUCCUUUGGCAAACGGUGUUUUGACCUCACAAGGAAAAAUUAUUUGUCCUUGGCACGGUGCAUGCUUUGAUGCAAAAACUGGUGAUAUCGAAGAAUCUCCUGCUUUGGAUAACCUUUUAAGCUUCAAAGUUGAACAAGAUGGAAAUGGUGACGUUUACGUUGAAGCAGAUCCAGAGCAAUUAAAGGGCAAACCCGGUGUACCACCUUCCUGCUCAAAAUCCGUCAAUGCUUCAGGACCUGGCGUCGUGAUCGUUGGUGGUGGUUCAGCAGCAAUCAAUGUUGCAGAAAGUGCACGUAAAUCAGGCUUCACUGGAAAGAUUACAAUCUACACUGCCGAAAAGCAUGCUCCUAUCGAUCGUACAAAGUUGAGCAAAGCUUUGAUCGGAUCGCCUGAACCGGUCACAUGGCGUUCAGCAUCUCAUUUGAAGAAUGUGUUGAAUGUUGACUUGAAAGAAGGUGUAAAGGCUACUUCGAUUGACGUUCAAGGUAAAAAGGUCACUUUCAACGGCAAUGAUUCAGUUCCAUUUGAAAGUCUUGUUUUGGCUUCAGGUGGUGUUGCAAAGAGAUUGCCCUUGCCCGGUGCAAAGGAGGGUGAAUUGGAACACGUUUACACUUUACGUGGUGUUGGAGAUGUAAGUACACUCUUAAGUGCUGUAGGUGAUAAGAAGGACAAGGAGGUCGUCGUCGUUGGAACAAGUUUCAUCGGAAUGGAAACAGCAAUCGCUCUUCAAGGUCAAGAAAAAGUAAAGAGCGUAACAGUAGUGGGAAUGGAACAAGUACCUUUCGAGAAGAUUUUAGGCAAAGAAGUAGGUGAAGGAUUAAUGAAAGUUGCACAAAAGAAAGGAAUCAAGUUCUACAAUAGUGCAGGCGUCGAAAAGAUUGACGGAAAGGACGGUAAAGCCUCAGCUGUUGUGAUCAAGGAUGAGUCAGGAAAGCAAGUCUCUCUUUCAGCAGAUGUUGUGAUUCUCGGUGUUGGUGCUGCACCUGCAACCGAAUACAUCAAAUCAUCUUCUGGAUUCCCUGAAUUACUCAAAGAUGGUUCAAUUGCAGUAGAGAAAGAUCUGCGUGUGAAGGGAGUACCAAAAGAUGCAAACAUCUUUGCUUGUGGAGAUAUUGCUACAAUUCCAGCCCGUGAUGAACAAAAUGCAACUGUGCGAAUCGAACAUUGGAACGUAGCCGGAAAUCAAGGUCGUACGGUCGGAAGAAUUCUGGCAGGCGAUCAAAACAAUUAUGAUUCUAUGCCGAUCUUCUGGAGCGCUUUGGGUAGUCAAUUGCGCUUUGUUUCAGACGGAAACCCACCCGGAUAUGAUGAUAUCUAUAUCAACGGUAAUCCCGAAGAAUUGAAAUUCUCUGCCUUUUAUGGAAAGAAAGGCAAGGUUACCGCCGUUUGCACGAUGGGUGUUGAUCCAUUGAUGGUUCACUCUGCUGAAUUGAUGAGAACCGGAAAGAUGCCUUCGUUCAGUGAAAUCAAAGGUGGUAAAGACCCACUCAGCAUUCCCCUUGCAACUUCUAGUUUGUAA